CUCCACACAACAUGCCUCUGUCCGCCUAACAAUCACCCCAGUAUCAACCCACAAAGUUACACAGCCCUCACCAGCCCUCUAUGCAAUGAACGACGACACCAGCCCCUGCCCCUUCUGCGCCAUCGCCGCCGCGUAUCCCGCGCCGCCCGCGUCGUCAACCCUUGCCGCCAGCGUCCCCACCGACGCGACCGCGGCCCCGGAGCGCGUGUCGCCGAGCGCGUUCGUCGUGCUGGCGUCGCGGGAUGUUGUCGCGUUCCUGGACAUCCUGCCGAUGACGGCGGGGCACCUGCUUGUGGCGACGAGGGGGCAUGUGGGGAUUGUGGGCGACGUAGUGGGAGAGGUAGGCAGGGAGGUUGGUUUCUGGCUCCCCCUCCUCUCGCGAACAGUGGCGAAAGUUACAGGCGUGACCGACUACAACAUCGUCCAGAACAACGGCGCCCGCGCUGCCCAGGUCGUCCCACACGUCCACUUCCACAUCAUCCCACGACCGGAAACGAUGCCCCAGGUGCAGAGCAAAAGCUGGACCAUGUUUGGGCGGGGCCAGCGCGAUGAGCUAGACGACGAUGAGGGGGCCGAGUUGGCCGGGGAAAUGAGGAGGGUUCUGAGGGAGGAGGUGGAGAGUCUGGGGAGGGCGAAGCUGUAGAUGUUCAUGUGCUGCUGUAAUCACGUGUAAGAUAGCCGGACGUGUCGGAAGUAGACAGAGGCAUAAAUUGGGCUGGUAUGAAUAUGAUCUCACUGUAAACUUGGGCAGUUAUCUAAUGGUACUGUAACAUGAGAAUAUUUACACUUCGUGGUUCGUCGCGUAGGGAUAGAUUAGUAUGUGACUGAAGGUCAGGCAUCUAUAAACACC